GAUUAUUCUCACUGACAUUAAUAUCCCACUCCUAAUUUGACGUGAUUUUCACAAAAUAUAAAAUUAAAAGAAUAUUGCAAUAUAUGUUUAUUUGCACAACUAUAUUGGAAUAAAUAAUUAUCAGCUAUUCUUAAAAUACGUAGGAUAUUUAUAUGUAUACGUAUACAUUCGUAUAUAUGUAUAUACGCUUGUGAAUGUGUGUGUGUGUGUUUGCAUAAGUGGUGCAUACAAUUUGUAUAUUCAUAAAAGUCAAGUUUUCUCUUUCAAAAGAGCGAGUGGUUUUUUUUGAAAUAUCUUAGGACCGUUUAUUUGGAAAUCUGACAAAUUAGGAAAAGUAUCAGAAAAGUUUGAUUGCCUCGAUCAAAGUAAACAAUAUCUUUUAGAAAUGGAUACAACAAAAUCAAAUGCCAGGUACACUAGAGCAGAUCUUUUAGCUCUACGAUACGAAGGUAAAAGUCGACAGCGCCCGCACUGUACAAAUCGAACUGAGUUACAGACAUUGGGUUUUUGGAAGGUAAACUUGAACGCAGUUUCACUUAGCGUAGCCAACAACUACUUAAGUCAAAAUAAGAACCGGCUAUCUCCGGAGACGGAUAACUCGAGUCUGAAUUGCUCCAACACCGCUUCAAUAAGCUCGCGUCGCGCCAUGAGAAAUAGAGAGCGGGCGAAUAACUACUAUCAGCGUUUUGUACCUACAGAAUCCCUCCAAAUGUGCGGGGAAGAUAAAGAUAAGGAUAAGGACACGACGACGAUUGGGCAGUCCUUUAAGUCGCCCGUCAUCGAUCAUCGCAGCAUAUCAUCUUCUCACCUAAUGCCUGCAUUUGCGAAGAGGCGUUUUGCCGCAUCGAGCGGGGGCACCAGCGCGGAAACCAACGAGACGACAGUCAACACCUGUGAUGAUGGAUCAAGUGCACCUCAAAGAAGGGAAAUCAAGGGGAAAGCACCCAGUUCACCUAAUCGAAAAGGCAGCGAGCUUGAUAGUGCAGAAACACGCUUGAAUUAUGUUCAUCAGGAACACGACCAAUGCAUGUCAUCUUCGCCAACAUUUUCGACGUCCCGCCAGGAAAGGCGGAUUGGUAGUGGUCGCCUAUUGCCCAGAAGUGAUAAUUGGGAAUACAAAAGCCAAAAGACCAAGGAGUCGAACACUGAGACUGAAAAGGAUGCGUCUCUAAAUGGAAGUGGAGGUGUAAGCGUUGCUAAUCAACACAAUCAAAGCCAACACCACCAGCGCGCAUUCAGUGGAAGGUUGGUCGAUCGUGUUACCGAACACACAGAUCGUCGUUUUCAAUAUGACACUAAGAGGUCAGACCGACAGGGCGUAAGUAAUCGACGCAUAUCUAACAAGGAGACUUGUAGUAAUCAAAGUCGUGGGAAGCGCGCAAACUCCUAUCACAUUCACGAAGAACCAGAAUGGUUUAGUGCAGGACCAACAUCACAGCUUGAAACUAUUGACCUACACGGCUUUGACGACCUGGACAACAAUGAAGAGCGUUCCGAAAUGGAUGGUCAUAAUGAUAAUUUUUCACAACUUGAUAAAAAUUUAGCUGCGCAAACAACGAUUGAUAAAGCUUCGAGAAGAAGUAGCAAUGUUAGUUUAAAUUUGAGCGACGCAAAUCAAAGUGACGAUAAAAUAGACACUGGUGAAAAUAUACUGACAUUUAUACAAAACUCAUCAGAACUCAGCAAACAGAAUCAAAACGAACCAAGUCAGUUCCAAUGCAGCCAAAGUUCUGAAAGUGAAUUCAAUUUUGAUGCCUUUCUUAACAUGCAUCCUUUGGAUAAUUCCCUUAUGAAUAAUGAUGGAAAUGAAAAGGGUGAGGCAAAAGGGACAUCACGCUUUAGCCGCUGGUUUCGACAUAAAGAAACUGCAAUUAAUAAUGAGCUUCCUGGUUUGCGGGACGUGCAUUCUCAAGAAAAACUUGGUAUUCCGAGUGUUAAGGAUUUAGAAGCACAAAUGACUAAAGUGGACAUGCGGACGGAUUUUGUAAAUCCUAUAGGAGGACCAUUCUCUCAAGUAGUGCAAGCGGAAAAACCUAUACCUAGAGACACUGAGGCAUUCAAAAAACUGCUGCAACAGUUGGGCUGUCAAUCUAGGCAGCAUCAUCCUGGCAAUGACGUUUACCAUAUAAUAAACCAUUCAAAUAUAACAAAUCAUGACCAUCUCGAGUCAAACCAACAGCAUAAGAUAAACGACUGUCAUUCGCAGCAGUCAGCGUUAAAUGUCCACGUGCCAAAUAUACCGAGUAAUAAUCACGUAUUUGCGCAAAAACGUGUGGAAGCCCAUCACCUAAUGCAAAGCCUAAUUUGUGGAGACGUUUCUCUGGACUUCUUGGAAAAAGAGUUGGGUAAUCCUAGCACCCCGCCUUCCACAAAGGAGGUGAUUGCAACAGUCCUCCGUGAGUACUCACAUACUAAAAGGAAUUCAGUGGCCACGGGGGAUCACAACAUUUUUACACAUUCAUCGGGUCUUCAAGCUCAACCAGUCCAUCCACAUUAUUCUGAAGAAUUGAUUUCGCAAAAUACUGCCAACCACGCGAUUAAUCAGUUGAUUGCCCAUGGUAACUCGCCAUCUCCUUUGGCAUUUACUCCUACAUCAGUACUGCGGAAAAUGACAGCCGAUAAGGAAACAAGUCAAACAUCGAGUUCUUCUCAUAACCAACCGCCACAAUAUCAAAUGCACCCGCAGCAUGCCAAGCAACUAAGUACGAACGUACAUGAGCCACAGCCGACGGCAACUAUGGCAACUAUGGCCGUGCAGCCUCGAAUGAUAUUGGGCGGUGGAAACUUUGCCAUUGGCCCAAGUAACCAACAAAUGUCUCCCAAUUUGCAACAGUGUCGAAAUCAGCAGGGAUUAAAAUGGACUCCUGGUAACAUGCAGAUUGUGCAAGGAAAAUCAUUUGGUCGCCCUAUACUGAAAGGAGGCCUUAAUUCAAUGCCACAACCAAAUGCCGCAUUAAAUUUUACUACACACAAAAUCGAAAUGCAGCCAGUUCACUCACAUCAUCAGCAGCUGCACCAACAGCAACAACAAACCCAACACAGAUUUAAAUCUGUCCAAUCUGUGGAAUCAGUUUUAAACACCGAAAAUGUGCAUCAAAACAUCUCGUCUCCUGUUGGAUGGCAUCAGCUUUUCUUGCAACAUCAGCAGCAGCAGCAGCAGCAGCAGCAGCAGCAGCAUCAGUCCCGGCAGCAACCUAGGCAUAGGGUGAUUUAUGGAGAGAUGCACCGUCAAUCGAAUCUACAAAUGUCAUCUCCAGUACCAGGUAUUCCUGACAGCUCCGAUUCAGGAAAUGUGAUUAAAACUAAUAGCAUCGCAUCCCCCAGCUACCACAGGGAUGAUCGGAUGCCAUCACCAACCAAUAAUCAGUUGGCGCAAUGGUUUUCUCCUGAGCUUCUUGCAAAAGCUUCAGCUGGAAAACUGCCUCUUUUAAAUAUGAACCAAGCGCUUAGUUUAGAAGAAUUUGAACGUAGCAUUCAACAUUCCUCAGCCGUUGUGCACAAUUAAUUUUUUAAGAAAUAUUGAAGUUCAAAGCAGUAUAAUUAGAAAUUAAAUUAAAUCAAAUAUUUUAAUGUUUGAAAUUAAUUUUUUGUUUAUGCUUAGAAAUUUGUGUUUAUUUGCACAACCCUAUUUAUAAAGGUUUGGCAUUUGAAUUUCGAGCAUAUACCUGUAGUUUUCUGAAAAUUAAUACAAAUUUACUCAAACUAUUUAAAGUAUGUAUUUGCAGAUUGUAGUUGAUCAUAUUGUAAAAAAAUAUUUUACUGUAAAUAGUACACAACCAAUUAUAUAAGCUUAAA